AUGGGACGCAGGAAGAUAGAAAUCGAGAAAAUCAGCAACAAGAACUACCUAAUGGCCACAUUCUCUAAGCGGCGAAAGGGUCUGUUUCACAAAGCCAGUGAGUUUUGCAGGUUAUCCGGUGCCGAAAUCGCCAUCAUUGUCUUUUCGCCAGGUGACCGUGUUUACCGGUUUGGUCACCCUUCAGCAGACUCCAUCAUUGAUCGGUAUGAUGAUCCGCGAACUGAAAAUAACAAUAAUAAGGGCACACGAGAGUUUCCGUAUACACUUGACGACGAAGACAAUGAAGCUCGUGAUGAUGAUUUGGCGAGCAGCGAGCUUGGAAAAGAGGCAGCUGAUGGUAAGGAUGAGCUUGGAAAGGCCAGGUUUUGGUGGGAUAAUCUGCCUAUUGAAGAUAUGGGACUAAAACAACUUGAGAAAUAUAAAAGUUGCUUAGAAUUUAUAAGAAACGAGCUGGCAUAUGAAUUACAUGAGACGAAGAGAAGAGAAUCACACACCAAAGAUUUUUUGAGUUUGAUUGGUUUCAGUACUAGUACUUCUACUUCUGAUCCAGUAAGAGAACGCAACUGUGAUAUUGUAGAAGAACACCAAGCACAGAUUUCGUGGAGCAACAUGACGAGCGCAAUUAACACAAAUUUCACUAUUUAA